GAGAUAAUUAUAUCUUCCUUCUUCUUUUUUUUUUUAAUAUAAUAAACCUAGCUCAUCUUUGAAAGAUCUAACAAAUCUCCAAGCAACAAAACAUAAUCUUUCUUCCUUUUUUCCCCAAUUUCUUCAUCUCUUUGUCUCUCUCAAAAGUAGACAUGUUCCCUUUUCAACGAAGUUGUGAGCUGUCCUUCAAAAUUAGUGAUGAGGGAGACCAAAAUGAACAAACCAACAACGAAGAUCAGAUUACGCUGGACAAUAAUGCAUUUGUUGGUCUCAAUAAUGAUAGUAAUAAUGCUAAUCCAGGUAGAGGUAGAGGUAGAGGCCGAGGUCGAGGCCGCAUAUUAUCAUCGUCAUCAUUAGCUGGUACUAGUAGCAAUACUAAUACUAACAAUGAUGAACAUGAAAGGAAGAUUAUACAUAGAGAGUAUGAACGUCAAAGGAGGCAAGAAAUGGCUACUCUCUAUAAUUCCCUCCGCUCAAACCUUCCUCCUGAAUAUAUACAGGGAAAGAGAUCAAUAAGUGACCAUGUUGAAGAAGCUAUCAAUUAUAUAAAACACUUGAAGAGUAAUGUGAAGGAGCUUGAAGAGAAGAAAGAUCAGCUUAAACAAUCAGUAGAAUCAACUAGUUCGACUAGUGAAUUCAGUGGAUCAAGCAAUAGUGCUGGAGUAGUAGGCAGUGUGGUAAUCAGACAAUCUAUGGUUGGUUUACAGAUAGAUAUUAGUGUUGGAUACGAAGAUGAAGGCUUUUCGUUGUCGAGCGCCCUCCAAGUAGUUAAUGAUGAAGGACUUGAGGUUGUAAGCUGCACUUCAACCAAGUUCAAUGAUAAACUUAUUCACAAUCUACAAUGUCAGGUAAGAAACACAAUAUCCAUUGAUGUGAAUCGGCUUCAACAGAGAUUGAGUGACCUUGUUUCCUGAUCAGAUGAUUUCGUUUAUAUCUUUGUAUGGUUAUUGGAUUAAUCUAGAUCCAGGUUUUUCUUUUACCAACUUAGCUUCAAACUGUUGGUCAUAUGCGACUUUUUGUCCAACUUUAAUCAUUGUUACUGAAUUUAUGUAUAUACCAAUCUGCAAUAUAUUGUUUCAUUCGUUUAAAACUACUUUUGUCAUUUCUACUCGUGUUGAUUGGGUGUAGAAGUUUAUGGUUAUAUAUAUUAUAUUACUUAUUGCUGUUCUUUUAUAGUUAUCCAAUCUAAUAAUGCUAGGAGAGUGCAUAUGCGUAUGAAACUAAAC